AUGCGUGUGACUUGGCUUUCCCAGAGUUCUGAUGGAACAUUCUCUUCUGGUUUCUGCAGUAUCAAGUCAUGGGUGGAUAAGAUGCAAGAAGACCUUGUCACACUGGCAAAAACAGCAAGUGGAGUCAAUCAGCUUGUUGAUAUUUAUGAGAAGUAUCAAGAUUUGUAUACUGUGGAACCAAAUAAUGCACGGCAGCUGGUGGAAAUUGCAGCCAGGGAUAUUGAGAAACUUCUCAGCAACAGAUCCAAAGCCCUGGUGCGCUUGGCUUUGGAAGCAGAGAAGGUUCAAGCAGCCCACCAGUGGAGAGAGGAUUUUGCGAGCAAUGAAGUUGUCUACUACAAUGCAAAGGAUGAUCUUGAUCCUGAAAAAAAUGAGAGUGAGCCAGGCAGCCAAAGGAUAAAACCUGUUUUUAUUGACGAUGCUAAUUUUGGACGACAGAUAUCCUAUCAACAUGCAGCGGUCCAUAUCCCCACUGACAUCUAUGAGGGCUCAACAAUCGUGCUAAAUGAACUCAACUGGACAAGUGCCUUAGAUGAAGUUUUCAAAAAAAAUCGAGAAGAAGAUCCUUCGUUGUUGUGGCAGGUGUUUGGCAGUGCCACGGGCCUGGCCCGAUAUUAUCCAGCUUCUCCAUGGGUUGAUAACAGUAGAACUCCAAACAAGAUUGAUCUUUAUGAUGUACGCAGAAGACCAUGGUACAUCCAAGGAGCUGCAUCACCUAAAGACAUGCUUAUUCUGGUUGAUGUGAGUGGAAGUGUUAGUGGGUUGACACUUAAAUUGAUCCGCACAUCUGUCUCCGAAAUGUUGGAAACCCUCUCAGAUGACGAUUUCGUGAAUGUAGCUUCAUUUAACAGCAAUGCCCAGGAUGUGAGCUGUUUUCAGCACCUUGUCCAAGCCAACGUAAGAAAUAAGAAAGUGCUGAAAGAUGCAGUGAAUAACAUCACAGCAAAAGGAAUCACAGACUAUAAGAAAGGCUUUAGUUUUGCUUUCGAACAGCUGCUUAAUUAUAAUGUUUCUAGAGCCAACUGCAAUAAGAUUAUCAUGUUGUUCACGGAUGGAGGAGAAGAGAGAGCCCAGGAGAUAUUUGCCAAAUACAACAAAGAUAAAAAAGUACGUGUAUUCACAUUUUCAGUUGGCCAACAUAAUUAUGACAGAGGACCUAUUCAGUGGAUGGCCUGUGAAAAUAAAGGUUAUUACUAUGAAAUUCCUUCCAUUGGAGCGAUAAGAAUCAAUACUCAGGAGUACUUGGAUGUUCUGGGAAGACCAAUGGUUUUAGCAGGGGACAAAGCAAAGCAAGUCCAGUGGACAAAUGUGUAUCUAGAUGCACUGGAACUAGGACUUGUCAUUACUGGAACUCUUCCGGUCUUCAACAUAACUGGCCAAGUUGAAAAUAAGACAAACUUAAAGAACCAGCUAAUUCUUGGUGUGAUGGGGGUUGAUGUAUCUUUGGAAGAUAUUAAGCGACUAACACCACGUUUUACACUCUGCCCCAAUGGCUAUUAUUUUGCAAUUGAUCCUAAUGGUUAUGUUUUAUUACAUCCAAAUCUUCAGCCAAAGCCUAUUGGUGUAGGUAUACCAACAAUUAAUUUAAGAAAAAGGAGACCCAAUGUUCAGAACCCCAAAUCUCAGGAGCCAGUAACUUUGGAUUUCCUUGAUGCAGAAUUAGAGAAUGACAUUAAGGUGGAGAUUCGAAAUAAAAUGAUCGAUGGAGAAAGUGGAGAAAAAACAUUCAGAACUCUGGUUAAAUCUCAAGAUGAGAGAUACAUUGACAAAGGGAACAGGACAUAUACAUGGACUCCUGUGAAUGGCACAGAUUACAGUUUGGCCUUGGUAUUACCAACCUACAGUUUUUACUAUAUAAAAGCCAAAAUAGAAGAGACAAUAACUCAGGCCAGAUCAAAAAAGGGCAAAAUGAAGGAUUCAGAAACACUGAAGCCAGAUAAUUUUGAAGAAUCUGGCUACACAUUCAUAGCACCAAGAGAUUACUGCAAUGACCUUAAGAUAUCAGAUAAUAACACCGAAUUUCUUUUAAAUUUCAAUGAGUUUAUUGACAGAAAAACGCCAAACAACCCAUCCUGUAAUACGGAUUUGAUUAAUAGAGUCUUGCUGGAUGCAGGCUUUACAAAUGAACUUGUCCAAAAUUACUGGAGUAAGCAGAAAAACAUCAAGGGAGUGAAAGCACGGUUCGUUGUGACUGAUGGUGGGAUUACCAGAGUUUAUCCCAAGGAGGCUGGAGAAAACUGGCAAGAAAAUCCAGAAACAUACGAGGAUAGCUUCUAUAAAAGGAGUCUCGAUAAUGACAACUAUGUUUUUACUGCUCCCUACUUUAACAAAAGCGGACCUGGUGCUUAUGAAUCAGGCAUUAUGGUAAGCAAAGCUGUGGAAAUCUAUAUCCAAGGAAAGCUUCUUAAACCUGCAGUUGUUGGGAUUAAAAUUGAUGUAAAUUCUUGGAUAGAGAAUUUCACCAAAACAUCAAUCAGGGAUCCGUGUGCUGGUCCAGUUUGUGACUGCAAAAGAAACAGUGAUGUAAUGGAUUGUGUGAUUCUAGAUGAUGGUGGGUUUCUUCUGAUGGCAAAUCAUGAUGAUUAUACUAACCAGAUUGGAAGAUUUUUUGGAGAGAUUGAUCCAAGUCUGAUGCGACACCUGGUUAAUAUAUCGGUUUAUGCUUUCAACAAAUCUUACGAUUAUCAGUCAGUGUGUGAACCUGGUGCUGCACCGAAACAAGGAGCAGGGCAUCGCUCAGCAUACGUGCCAUCAAUAGCCGACAUAUUACACAUUGGCUGGUGGGCCACUGCAGCUGCCUGGUCUAUUCUACAGCAGUUUCUCCUGAGUUUGACCUUUCCACGACUUCUUGAGGCAGUUGAGAUGGAAGAUGAUGACUUUACAGCCUCUCUGUCAAAGCAGAGCUGCAUUACUGAACAGACCCAGUAUUUCUUCGAUAAUGAUAGUAAAUCAUUCAGUGGUGUGUUAGACUGUGGAAACUGUUCCAGAAUCUUUCACGUAGAAAAACUUAUGAAUACCAACUUAAUAUUCAUUAUGGUUGAGAGCAAAGGGACUUGUCCCUGUGACACACGACUGCUCAUACAAGCAGAGCAGACUUCUGAUGGUCCAGAUCCUUGUGAUAUGGUUAAACAACCCAGAUACCGAAAAGGACCCGAUGUCUGCUUUGAUAACAAUGUCUUGGAGGAUUAUACUGACUGUGGUGGUGUUUCUGGAUUGAAUCCCUCCCUGUGGUCCAUCAUUGGCAUCCAGUUUGUACUACUUUGGCUUUUAUCUGGCAGCAGACACUGCCAGUUGUGA